UUCUACUUUUGCUAUUCCUGUAUGCUAGCUAGCUAGCUAGGGCUAAUAAUUUGUUAAUUAGUAUAUUUCUUCAGUUCAUCAUCAAAGGGUGUUUAGUAGAUGAGGAUGGUGAGACAAAAAACUCAGAUAAAAAAGAUAGAAAACUUAGCAGCAAGACAAGUGACUUUCUCAAAGAGAAGAAGAGGGCUUUUUAAGAAGGCUCAAGAGCUGUCUACUCUUUGCGAUGUCGAUUUGGCUCUCAUCGUCUUCUCGGCCACUGGGAAGCUCUUUCACUACUCCCCUCUAAGUAUGAAUCAAGUGCUCGAACGACAUAGACUACAAUCCCAGAACAGUGGAGGAUCGCAACAAUCAUCUCAGGAUGAGAUACAGGUUGCACUGAGAAGAUCUGCCAUGUUGAGCAAAGAACUUGCAGAAAAACGCCGUGAAUUGGGGCAAAUGAAAGGUGAAGAUCUUCAAGGACUUGAUCUCAAGGAGCUAAGCAAACUAGAGGCUAUUAUUGAAUCUAGAUUGGUUGCAGUAGUAAAAGCAAAGGCUGAAAAAAUAUCAGAAGAUAUCAAUACUCUAAAGCAGAAGGAAGCUCAGAUGCUGGAAGAGAAUGCACAAUUGAAAAAACAGUUGGUGAUGAUGGAAAAAUCUGUAGGUCAGAGGAUUAUACAUGGCCAAUGCGGUCAUUACCAUUCGCUGGAGUUAACUAUCAGUAUUAGUAGCCUGAGCUCAACGGAUCCUUCUCAUAAGUGCAACAGUAGCAACUCGGAUACCUGCCUAAAACUUGGGCAACCUUUUUCUGAUUGAGCUGAUGUGGUGAAAUAAGACAACUCCAAAGGCAACCAACCAUCGUUUAACACAGGUUAUUGGCUCACUGAUAAUGUUUGUUUUUUACUUGAAUAAACUAUAGGGUUAUCUUUGUGUUUUGAUGAAAUAAUAACCAAAUAAAUUUCAUGGUGUUGCACAGUUGCAGUAA